CAUUUCUUCGUUUUUCCACUACUACUAUCGAAAAUUAACUUCAGUAUCGGAGUUACUGCCCCCAAAACCCGUGGGACCGUCGUUGUAUUUCUUUUAGGCCUUCUUUAUUAUUUCCUUUUGAUUUUAUAGAAUAAAUAUCUAGUCUGAGAACCUCAAGCGGUGCGCUCCAGUCUAAUCUUCUGCUUCGCCUGUCUUCUCAUGUCGGAAGAGUUCACGGUCACCGAAGUCAACAUGUCUCGGAUCCCAUCGCCGGAGCUCCGAGUGAUCAGCAGUUAUCAAGUCUCUCCGCCACCAGGAACGGUAGGCGACUCCACCUUACCCCUCACCUACCUCGACUUGCUUUGGCUAGGAGCCGGGUCGGUAGAACGCGUCUUCUUCUACCCGCUCGCCGUCUCCGCCUCCCACUUCGUCCACUCCGUAGUCCCCGCCCUCGAGUCCUCCCUCUCCGUCGCUCUCCGCAACUUCUACCCUCUCGCCGGCAAGAUUCGCCACUCCGCCGCCCGCGCUGACGGCUACGAGCUCCACUACGCCGACGGCGACUCUGUUCCCUUCACCGUCGCCGAGUACACCGGCGACUUCGACGAUCUGUCCGACGACCACCCCCGCCCCUUCAACGACCUUCUUCCCCUGCUCCCCGAGCUUCCGCAGUCCAGCACGGACGGCGACGGGCUCCGGCUGCUGGCUGUGCAGGCGACGCUCUUCCCUGAGCGCGGCGUCGCGAUCGGCAUCACCGUGCACCACGCCGUCUGCGACGGCUCGAGCACGAUUCGGUUCGUGUCCGCGUGGGCCACCGCGUGCGCAGGGGCCGGAGUGGCGCCGCCUCCAGUGAUCGACAGGAGUAUGAUUUCCGAUCGCGAUGAUCUCUACUCUUUCUUGUACAAGGAAAUAGUGAAGGGGGAAUCCGUCCAGGCGAUGAUGCACCAGAAAUCGCCGCCUGACGCCGUCCUCCAAACCUUCACCAUCGGAAAAAAUCAGAUCCAGAAAUUAAAAAGGUUAGUGACUCAAAGCGGCGACCUUUCUUUUCGCUGUUCCACCCUCGUCGUGGCCUUCGCCUACGUGUGGGUUUGCCACGUCAAAGCACGGCUGCCGGAAUCAACCGACAAGAUCGUCAUAAUGGGAUUCGCCGGCGACCUCAGAGCAAGGCUGAAGCCGCCGAUCCCGGCGCCGUACUUCGGGAACUGCCUCAGCGGCGCCCUCACGCAGACAACGGCCGGCGAACUCACCAAGGAAAACGCAGUGGCGGCGGCGGCGAGGCUGAUCGGGGAAGCGAUCGAGGCGUUCAAAGAGGGGCCUUUUAAGGACGUCGAGGAGUGGCCGAAGUUAGGCAAGACUCUGCGCGAAGCGGACAUCUUUAGCGUCGCCGGAUCGCCGACCUUCAAGGUGUACGACGUGGAUUUCGGAUGGGGGAGGCCGAAGAAAGUGGAGAUAACGUCGAUCGCGAAGACCGGCGCGAUGGCGGUAGCGGAGAGCCGGGAGGAGGAAGGCGGCGUGGAGAUCGGGUUGGUGAAGCCCAAGGCGGAGAUGGCGAUGUUCGAGAAGCACUUCAACGACGGGCUCAGAACGAUGCAGUGAUCCAUUCAAAGUUCAAACACGCCAUCGAAGAAUUUCAAAAUCGAAAAGUCGUAUGAAUUUUAGGCAAUUUCCAAACAGUUUCCGAUAUUCCGAUAAUAUAUAAUUUUGUCGUGAUUUUCUUAAUAAUAUUAGACGGUAAUAAUACUAUGCUUCAUCACGUCGAAGCAAAUAAAAUUCAGUUUCUUUCUGGUCAAAAA